CUGGGUAGACCCAGACAAUCAGUAAACCAGGCGCUGUUUGCUCGCGGUCAGUGUUGAUUCAGCCUCUCCUAAUGUCGCCAGAAAAUCACCCAAAAGGGUGGCAGUGGGUGGUAAACGGAAGAUCAUUCUUGCUGUGGUGGAUAACAUGUUUCCUGCCCGAUGCACAGCAACCGCUGAGUAAUGGUUUACUCACCAUCAACAAACCAGUGCACACCCACUAACAAACCGUCUCGCUUGGCGAAUAAAUUAGGAAAAGUCGGUUGAGCAAACGAGUGGGAGUGUGUUACGGAAAAGUUGUUUUGAUGGAGAAAUAAUGUUUUCCAUUUUAUUUUAAAUUAAAGGCUGUUUAGGGGUAAACUUUUCGCUGCUACUGCUUCUAUUGCUGACGUCUUCGUUUUGCUGCAUCCAGGGAGAGGGACAUUUUUGUGCCAACCGUCGAUUGAAUUGGGAGUAAAUCGCUCGCAUCGGUGGUGAUAGUUUCCUAAACGCUUUUCAGCAGAUCGAAUCAUGGAUUAAAAACAGCAAAACGGUUCCGAACUUUGGAUUGAGUGGAAGAUCAUCACGUGAAUAAUUGUGACGAUGUGUGCCUAGACAGAGGAAGAAGUCCGAACUAGCAAAAGGAACGGGAAUUGUGCAGUGUGCCAGUGAAAUGACCUAGUUGUGGAAAGCGGCAUUGAAUAUGGAAUCAAACAAGUCCUUUUUCAUACGGGAUCUACUAGGAGAUUUGAUCUCCAGUAGGCAGCCCAACGAUUCGCAGCAGGGAGGAUUCGCGUCUGAAACUGAUGAGAGCGACAACAGUGAUAUCGACAUUGACAUCGAAGAUCGUUCGUCACCCGAAUCGGCAUUGGUUUCCGACUACAACAGUCAUCGCCAUCACCACCAGCAGCAAUUGACUUCUUGUGGUGGCGCUGGUACAUUGGUAUCCGUGAAUCAUCAGGGGAUUAUUUCCAGCAGCGGAACAAUUGGAAGCGAAGGAUCAAAUGGGCUGAUUAUGAAAGCAGGGAGGAAACCUAGACGGAGAAGGACGGCGUUUACACAUGCUCAGCUGGCGUAUCUGGAGCGAAAAUUCAGAUGCCAGAAAUAUCUAUCCGUGGCCGACAGAAGCGACGUCGCCGAUGCUUUAAAUCUUUCUGAAACCCAAGUCAAAACAUGGUACCAAAACAGAAGAACAAAGUGGAAGCGUCAAAACCAACUCCGACUGGAACAGUUGCGACACCAAGCCACUCUGGAGAAGGAACUGAUAAACAGCCAAGAGCCGUCGGCUAACCCGCUUCAGUGCUGUCCCACCUCGCUGGCAUCGUUCACCCAAAAUCCGUGCAAUUUUCUCACAUCAGCCGCAGCGGCGGCAAUAUUCCGUAACGUCUCCUACGCACAUGGUUGUCCCCUGUAAAUUAGCCGUUGGCAUUAUAGCAGUAGCAAAUAUGAAAUGGAAAAACAGAAUAUAAUUGACUGAUUUUCGACACCACAGAUUAGAGGGGUCGAUUCAUUUGAUGAACCUUGUAUGUAUAGAUGAUAAUUUGUAAAUACAUAGCACAGUGAUUGUUAUUAUGAUACCAAUAAUAAAUCUCUAAUGAUUAGGACACAAAAAA